AGUACAUGCUUACUUCCAUAUAUCAAUCAUGAAUAAAUAUUUCCUUGCUUCGGUUGUUCAUGAGCACCAGGCGGCCUUACCAUGGCUUCUGGCGGCAAUAGCCUUUCUCCUCAUAAUAAAUCAAAGACGGCCACGAAAACAGAAAACUCCGCCGGGUCCAAAGCCAUGGCCAAUCAUCGGAAAUCUGAACCUCCUCGGCCCCAUCCCGCACCAAUCCUUGGACUCUCUGUCCCAAAAGUACGGUGAACUGAUGCUCCUAAACUUCGGCUCCACCCCUGUUUUAGUGGCCUCCUCUCCCGAAGCAGCCAAACUUAUCCUGAAAACGCACGACGCCGUUUUCGCCUCCCGCCACGCGUCCGCGGCGGGAGCGUACCCUUUCGACGGCGCCGAGCUAUUCUGGUCCCCUUACGGGCCGUGGUUCCGCCAGGUGCGAAGGAUUCUAAGCUCUGAACUCUUCGCGCCUCGGAAGCUCGACUCCCUCGAAUACGUCCGAGUUGAGGAAAGAAUGGCUCUUAUUUCCGACCUUUACGCGGCGGCGGUGGCGAAUAGGCCGGUCUUGCUUCGAGACCAUCUGUCAAAACUGACCUAUUCCAUUUCGGCUCGGAUACUUUCAGAUCACAAGAAAUCUUGCGACGGGAGGGAAUUGCGAACGACGCCGAUCGAUAUUAAGAGGCUGAAUGAGCUUGUUGAUGAAUGGUUUGGACUCAGCGGGUUGGUCGUCAACCUUGGGGAUUGGGUUCCCUGGCUGCGCCCCUUUGACCUGCAAGGGUGUGAGAAAAGACUGAAAGGUUUUAACCAAGAGUACGAGCAGUUUCUGGACCCAGUGAUAGAGGAGCAUAGGGCGGUGAUGAAAGCCGCCGGCAAGGAUUUUGUGCCCAAUGGGAUGAUUGGUGUUUUCUUGAAGCUAGCUGAGGAUCCAAAUGUUGAAGAGUCCGAGGUUGCUCUCACCCGUCAUCGCAUCAUGGCCUUAAUACAUGACGUUGUUUCUGGCGGGACGGAUACAUCAGCAGGACUAGUUGAAUGGGCUUGUCAAGAAUUAGUUACAAAACCAAAUCUAAUGGCAAAGGCAUUAGAAGAGCUGGACAGAGUUAUUGGGAGGGAAAGAUGGGUGGAAGAAAAAGACAUUUCACAGUUACCAUACAUUGACUCCAUCAUCAAGGAAUCAUUCAGGCUGCACCCACUGGGCACACUCCUUCCACACUAUUCCAUGGAAGAUUGCAACAUUGAAGGUUAUGAAGUAACCAAAGGGACACUUGCUAUGGUUAAUGUUUGGUCUAUUGGAAGGAACUCAAAGUAUUGGGAGAGAGCUGAACAGUUCAUACCAGAGAGGUUUUUGGGGAGUGAUGUUGACAUCAAAGGAAAAGAUUUUUCAGUGUUGCCAUUUGGAUCAGGCAGGAGAAUGUGCCCUGGCUAUACCCUUGGAUUGAAGGUUGUGCAGGCAACUUUGGCAAAUUUGUUGCAUGGAUUUAAUUGGAAAUUACCAGAAGGUAUGAAGCCAGAAGAUGUGUCUAUGGAAGAGGCUUGUGGCUUGACCACUCACCCUAAAUUCCCAGUGUCUUACCUCAUUGAACCAAGGCUUGCCACUCAUCUCUACUAAUUAAGUCAAUAUAUGUAUUGUAUUAUUAAAUAAACUCUUUAAUAAGAUCAAAAGGUUUGUUACAAUUUCUUUUCAAUUUUGGGAAGUCAGAACAUGAGGAGAACGUAGCAAUUCAAACUAUCAAUAAUGUUAAGUCUUGUAUGUUUCCUUGGUUAAGUAAACCAAUGGUGAAAAUUUUACAUGAUCUAUAAAAAUCUUUUUUUCUAUUGAUACUUAAA